GCGCAUGCGUAGAUUGACAUAAACAAGCCAGAACCAGAGAAAUGGAUAUUUGGGAAAGCUAACGGACUUGACGGUUGGGAGAUUUCAAUAGGAAAAUUGUCUGGCAGCCGCUGUCAUAUUUCCAACCGACAGCAGAUUGUAGAUUUUAUGUCUUUGGAGGAUACAAGCUGCAAAAAUGGUGGCAUAUCUUUUGUCGAGACUCGUUGUACUGGUGUUUGGAACCCUGUAUCCAGCCUAUUACUCGUACAAGGCAGUCAAGACGAGAAAUGUCAAAGAAUAUGUCAAAUGGAUGAUGUAUUGGAUAGUUUUUGCAAUAUUCAGUUGUGUGGAAACAGUAGCGGACAUAUUUGCUUCAAUACUACCGUUUUAUUAUGAAAUAAAGAUUCUUUUCAUAUUUUGGCUGAUCUCACCAUGGACGAAAGGCUCUACAUAUCUGUAUAGAAAAUGCAUUCAUCCUGCAUUAAGUAAAAAAGAACAGGAAAUUGAUGAAUACAUAAACCAAGCCAGUAAAAGGGGCUAUGAAGCUCUGAAACGAGUAGGACGCAACGGAAUGACGCUGGCCGCCAACGCUGUUAUGACUUCUGCAAUCAAGGCCCCUUUCCUAUUGAUUCGUGCGCGCAAAUUUAGGUCUUAUUUAACAGAAGAACAGGGACAAUCCUCACUGCUGGAUCAGCUGAAGGUGUACUCUGGGAUUGCAAUGGCUGCAGGAACAAUGGAAGAACAGAAGAGGUUACCACCUCCAGAAACCGACUCACAAGAAGAAGAGGAGGUCGUCAUCAUGGACAAGAGUAAAAGGGGUGCAAGGUCACAGCAGGACGAGUCUGAUCUUGGCACAAUGCUCACACCAGAAUUACAUGACCUCGACUACGGUGCAUCAACGCAUGGGGAUCUUCUACAGAGCUUGGAUAAACUAGAUAACAGGUUACGAGAGGAAAAAGAACACGAACAUUACCUCCGCAGCAGUGAGUGGGGCCAUGAAGAUAUCCAUCAUCAACCAGACAAUGAUUGGGACGAUAGACCUGACAAGGAUCUGGAAUACCUGAUCUCGGACCAGUACCAGGGUCUACCCCCACAGCCCAAGCCCAGAGCCAAGCCCAGGUCCCCGCCCAGGAGGAAACCAACCCCUCCCUCGCACCCUAUAGACCAAGACAGCGAGAGCAGCGACGUGGAGAGGCCGGCCACGCUACGGAGGUCCACCUCACUCCGGUCGUCCAACAGGUCCAGCAGGUACUCGUCUUCUGAAAACUUGGCUACCUCGAGAGGGCGGUAUGCGUCGACGGAGAAUCUAACCAAGAGGCAGUUGAAUCGCAGGCAAGAGAUGAUGACCAGAUCCCUCCGUCAUUCCACUCGACAAUCUUCAAACCGGGACUCCCAAGAAAGACGUUCACCCUCACAACAGAAGUGAAGCACCUUGCCCCCCUGUCCCCUCUCACAUCGAAGACACUAUAAAUCAUUUCUAUACUAGAUGUAACUUAUUUGGAAUCUGAAAGAUAAGACUCUGAGGAUAAUGCUGAACUGUGAUACAAGUGAAUCAUAAUUCAGGUCCUUUUUAAUACCUCCCAAAAGGAUAGAAAUGAUUCUGUACUCACAUGUCAGCAAUGUUCUAAAAUGGCAAGAACGCAAGGUCUAACCUGAGAUCUAAACGCAGAUAUUGUUAUGUGUUAUUACACAUUUGAAUGAAAAGUUAAAAUCUUGAAGCCUCCCCUCCUACCAUCGAGUGAUGAAAGAUAGAAAUGUUCACCGCAUUAUGGUUUCUAGAACAUACUAAUUCAGAUAUGAGGCUUCUUCACGUCUAAAAGUUGUGUAAGUCAUUAGUGAUGGAUCUUUGUCUUCAUGCUAACAUGUUUAUGAUUUGUUGUGAAAUGAUUUCUGUACUUGGGUUAUGUUACAGCAGUAACAUAACGGUACGGUACACCAUGUGUAAAGUCCUGGAAAGGACUAAGAGAAAGUGGACAGAGGUAGGAUUGAAAUGGAUAGGCGAGAGAGUGGAGGUUAGAAAGUAAGAUUCUCUACAGUGUGAGUCCUCUCGCAAGUAAGAUUCCCAGCUUUAUCUUUUGAAUUUCAGAUGAAAAACAACAUGAUUUCAGUUGAAAAGAAAGGAAAUAAUUUCUGUAUUUUGUAAAUGUAACAAUCAGAAGUUGAGUGUAAUGGACAGUGUAAUAUCUCUGUAGAUGAAUGGAUUUUACGAAGCUAUUGUCAAUGAUUAUCACUGAAAUGUGUUAAUCUAUGAAUUCCUAGAAUCCAUGCAUCUGAUUGGACGAGAGCGAAAUUGUCAGGAAAAUCACUGAUAAAUGAAAUGCUCCUCAGGCACUCUUCUGGGGGCUGUUUCACACAGAUUCAAGUCUGACUAAAAGUUGCAUUUAAAUUCCCUAUUGCGUGUGGUAUAUAUUGUAUUGCUUAAUUACACUUAUAUUAUGUGCUCUAUUGCAUAUAUUGUUCAAUGUGAUAUGCACUGCACGUUCAUGCUUGAGUAUCACAUUUAGUCAGACUUAACUCGUGGUGAAGCAGUCCCCUUGUGUCGCUUUACUCUGAGCCACUCUUAGGGAAUACAGCUUCUAUCAAGAAAUGAUUCUUUCAUGAAGGAUGUAAACAUCUUCACUCCAUUAGUGUGGAGUUACAUGAUGAUGACUGGGGAAAUAUGGUCACUGGUGAGCAAGUAAUAUGUACUUUUGUGGUCUGUGAAUUUGUCUCCAAUCUAUGGUGUUUUGCUGAAGAAAACAACUCUAUUCUAUGAUUUUCAUAGAGAUGUCUAAUAUGUACUAUGGGUAUGGGUGAUCUGACAGCAGGAUUCUGUCUGUACCAAAGCUAUUAUUAAGUUUGUACUUAAGACAGUCCAUCACCAAAAAAUGAGAAAGAGUUGAUGUUAUAGGUGCCCCUUUGAUAAAUAAAUAUUUUUCAUUUUUGUUUUUAUAAUUUUGUAUGAUUGAAAGUUCAGUUUUUAUUCCCCCCCCCCCCAAUUUGAAUUAAAUAAUAUUAUUUUCCCAGAUAUUUUGAGAUAUUUCUUUGAGAUAGGGCUUGCCAAUGAACUUGGAGCUUGGAAGAAAGUAGUUGAUUUAUGGAGGUUAACUUAUUUAGGAUCAUGUGACAGUCUCUUAUUAGCCAAUCAGAAUCAACCUUUCUAAUGAAUCCAUCUAAGAGGUAGCUUUUUAUUGGCUGACGAUGAGGGGACUUGAUUGUAAACUGGUCUUGAUAUUAACCUUGUCUUGGUGACUUGUAAUAGUAUCAUUCUUAUCAUCUGACUUGCUUCUGUAGCCACACGAUUUGUUUGAGAAUUUUUCAAAAAUCAAAUUGAGAUAAGUUGAAUGUCAAUAUUGGUUUAUGAUGAAUGUAUAUAGAUAGAGAGAUAAAUUUGUCUCGCUUUUCUCUUCCUAAAACAGAUGCACUCUGUCAGGCACUUUGUGGAUCAAAUGCUAAUAUUGAGGUCAGGUGGAAUUUAUUGAGAUUUGAGAUUAUCAUUAGCUGAAAAUGGGAUUUAUUCUUUUUUAGAUUGAAAAUAUAAAGGGGCAAUUCCAUAAACUAUGUACGUCCGACCCCCUAUAUAUGGGAUCUUUAUGAAAUUUUCUGUCUCAGACUUGUUGUCCUUUUGACAGUCUGUAAUGUUCUCAAAUGACCAUGACUUGGUCAGUUUAUAUAGUAAAGACUUGCGAGAAAUGGGGGGUCGGACAUACAAAAAGGUUGAUCAUUUGAUGGAAUUGCCCAAAUGUUGAGGGUAGUUUUUGAUUAAUUAAUGAUUAGGUUAAAAAUAGAGGUUUUAACUGUAGUUAUUCACUUGGAUGUCAUUGCAUAUGAAUGUUAUGAAGACAAAAUAAAACCUUGGACUUCGGAUGGGAAUUUUUUUUUUAAUUAUUUUUUUCAUUAUUUUUAAAAAUUUUUAUCAUACCAUCUUUUUACACAGUAUGCACACCAUUAUUUUGAAAUGGCUUCUUUAAUCUCAUACACCUUGAGCAACAAAGCAAAUUAUUUCAGGGUACUUCAAAGUUAAGAAUAUUGAUCGUGAAAUCACUGAGAUGUCUGAUUUAAGAAUAUGUUAUGAAGUGAAACCUUUUUUUUUCUUUGGCUGUUGAUUUUCUGUAUUACCUCAUGAUAAAGGAGCGACCUUGUGUACUGUUUUGAAUUGAGAGAUGUUUUGAAAACAUGCUUACAGUGUCAGUUGGGCCAAGAAUACUCUUUAUAAAUCCCAAAAAUCUCUGUUGAAUCUUAAGAGGUUUAUAAAUUGGAUCUCUAGGCUCUUGUAGUCAUCUUGUGUAUAAUACCUUGUUCUUUUACUAUAAAAUCAACAAGAAUAUUAUGUAAAUGAAGUGAAUAUAGAUUUUAACACUUCUUACAUGCCAACUGCUAUCAAACCUUACUAUGGUUUUUGAAAGUACAAGAAAUCUGCAUAGUUCAUUGUACAAACAUCUUUCGAGAAUUCAUAUGGGCCUAUCUGUAAGAAAUCUACUUUGUGGUCAGGGCCACAAUAGAGCAACAUGAUUUUCUUUGUUUAAUGUUAAACCUUAAUACAGGACUGAUAGAUAAAUGUGUUGAACUCGAAUAUACACCCCACCUACGUUCACUUGUGUUCCAAUGUACAUACAUACAUGUCAGGGCCAGGUUUCAUAAAACUUAUGACAGUUAAUGUUAAAAGCUACUGAAAUCUAGCAAUUUGAUUGGUCAAGAGCAAAGCUAACAUAAAGUUCUAGUAUCUGUUACUGAUAUGUUUUAGUGGAACUGGUUCCAGUAUCAAGUGUGGUUUACUGUAUGACAACAUCUGGACCAGUUGCACAGUCAUCAUCAGCUAUAUUGGUGUGUGGUUUAGAUCAGCAGGCAAUGAGAAUAUCCUACAUGAAUUCAGCCUACGAUCUAUUCACAAUACAGGAUAUGAAAUAAUGUUAUUAUCUGGAAAGCCCACACAGAGAGAUAUUGCUUUUGAUAUCUGGCCCAUUAAAUAUAAAGAGAUGCAUGCACAAUAUAUAUUUCAAUUUCAGUUCAAUUUAGUUCAAUGUUUUAUUUACAAUUGUAAAUUUUGGUACAUUAUUUGCCAUAAAUUUACAGGUUAGAGUUAAUUAUAGAAUCAAUUGUUUUGUUUAAUAUGUUUCAGGGUUCAGAUUUUAAGGGGUGCUAAGAAGAUUAUAAAAAAAAUCUGCAAGAAAAAAAAAGAAUUAGCAUGAAACAUUAUCAAUUUUUUAGCAUAUCCUGUACUGAACCAUUGGAUUAAGUGAAAGAUCUCCAUGAUUUCUGAGAAAUAACUCCUGAAAGAUUAAUAUUUAGAUUUGGCAUCUCUUUAAAGAGAUCUUCCUUAGAAGAGGAAUAAGACUGAAUCUAGGCAUGCGGAAGGAGCUGAUUGGUUCAACCUCUUGGCAGCUAAUAUAAAGACCACUUUCUCAGAAGGUUUACUUUCCAAAACAUUGUUUAAUGAAGUGCUGCAACUUCGCAAAAAACGAUUGAUUUGUAUGUAUGUUUCAGUAAGGUAACUAAGGUUUACAUAUGAACGUACAUGUACUUGUAUUUACAAUGGUGUAAUGGAACGCUUCCCCGCCGAUAUAUCUCAAUCACAGACACCCCUGGUUCUGAGAUUGAAAAUAUGCCUAUAUAUAGGGUAAUUAAUCACCUCAGUAAAACCAUUGACAGCAUAGGGCUAAACUUCUUAACCUUAGACUUCUACCCUGGGUAUAUAAUACCACAGGAAGUGCGGUAUGAACUAAAUUAAAUGCAGGACCGCUCCGAGGUAACCCGAGCCUUAACAACUAUCUCCAUAUAUUAACCAAUAGCAGCUCUACCCAAAGCAUAUUCUGUAGGCCUAUACAUGUAUGUAACCUAUCAAAAAGCAGAAUAGUUGUACAUGUAUCACAUGAAUGUAAUUGCCAAUACUUCUCACUUUUUGAGUUUGUUGCUAUGUUUGUGUUCUUGAGAUAUGUUUCUGUAUUUUUUUAACGAUAACAUAGCCCAUAUUCUUAACUGUGGUUGAAGUUAUUGGUUGAUAUCCUUAGAUCCCCCCCAUUGGUAUACUUAUAAAUCGUAUGAUAUGGGGUCCCAGUUCCCCCAUUCAGACUUUCAACGCAAACUCUCACAUUAAAACAACAUUUCUCAAGACCAAUUUAGUUGCUAAUAAUUCAUACAUGUAUUUUCAUUUUUUUGUGUAAGAUUUCAUACAGUGUACAGUGUAUACACUGUAGCAUCGUGUAAGGCUUGCCAAUUGAAUACAAGAAGAAAAAACCCCUCUUAUAUAGGAUGAAGGUUAGCUGAAUAAUGACCAAAAAAAACAAAACGAAACAAUAAUGUGUACAUUGUUUUGGUUGAGUCCAUAUUGCAAUUUUGUCUGGAUCACGACUUUACUUCAAAUAUGUAUUGGGAAAUCUGUGCAUUAUUUUUGUCAUCAUUGUCUGUACAUAAUGUAUGCUAUGUAUUAUGCACAAUCGUGGUGUAUAAUUCUGUAGGGUUCGGUUAUCGUAAUGCAUUCUUUAAUUCAGUAAGAAUUAGAGUAUUUUGGUGAACAUGACAUAAGCAUUUUAAAGCAUGUAUUGAAGUUAAUGUGAAAAUAAUCAUUUUGUCCAGACUUUUCACUAGUUAGUGUAACACAUGCAAAAAUGGACUGUAAACAUGGCAUGUUUCAUGAUGUGAAUAAAAAAAAUCAGCACAUUUCGUAUUGCAGGACAAUAUGUGCUGAUAGAAAUAUACUGUAUAGUUAUGAAUUUUAUCCUGAUAGUCAGGGGGGGGGGAAAUAAAAGAUGAUUUAUUUGUUCAAUGAUGCAAGGUGCGUCAAAUUAAUCCAUGGGAAUGUGCACUUUAGCUGUAUUGUUAUAACUUUCACAUCCAGAUUGUCAAAAUGUUCAAGUUCCUUUUGGGAUAUAUUUUGCUUUAUGCUUCAUUUGUUUCAUCACAUGCUGCCUUGGCUUUUUUUCAUUAUCAGGAUGUAUAAAUUUGGAAUUAUGUAAAGUUUUAUAUUGACAUGCUACUCUACUUUAUCUUUGGUAGACCAAAUCUGAACAGUAAAUAAUAUUUUUUCUCGUUUUAAAUUGGCAUAUCAUUUGCUAAGGGCUGCAAGUGCACUGACUCAUGUUUAAAGGUUUAUUGUGUAUGAAAAAACACGACAAACCCCCUCUACCACCUUCUAUAGUCAGUUAUAUUAGCAGUAAGGCCCUCAACUAGCUGUUUAUUAUUACCUCUCUCCGCCCCACCCAUUCCCGAUCAUCUUGAUAAUAUAGACUUUCAAAUCUGAAAUGAAAUUUUGCCUGUCAUAUUAUAUUAAUCUUCUAUAUAUUAUGAUAUUGCAAGGCAUUUCUUUUUUAUUUUGUAAUAUCAUUCAUGAUUGACACACAAUUUUGUUCUUGUUUUUUGUUUCUAUGAUUAUCAACCUUUUUAUACAUAUUCCUGUAUUUGUUUAACUUAUACUUCAUUUUGACAUCCAUUCACAUGUAUGUAUACAUUUAAUUAUCCCAAUAUCAAAUGAUAAAUGUGUGUUGUGUAUAAUUCAAUGAAGCAGUGUGUAAAUAUAUGUAUUUUUGGUAUGUAAAUUAAGACAUGAUUAUUAUGUAGUGAGAUCAAACACAAACUCAGUUUUUUAUUUGAUAUGUUAUCAUUUGUUAAAGAUGUACUCUGAAAUUAAUUUGUAAUAGAAUUCUAUUUUGUCAAUAAUUCUUUGAAAAUGUUGAGCAAAAAUAUUGAGUGAUUCUCCCUCAGUCCUUUUAUUUAUCUCGUAUGUAAGAUACAUCUGAUACAUAAAAGUUUCAUGCUAUCAGUGGCAAGGAGAAUGAGAGUAAUGUCGUCAAUUUUUUGGGGAUAAAUUUGAAAUAAAAUUAAAGCCUAAAUUUAGAGUUACAUGUACUACGCAGAAUGAUGAUGAUGAUGCUACAUGUGCUUGCCACAAACCAUAUCAAAAUCAAAGUCAUAUUUUUGGAAAUGUAGCUAAAUGAGUAUCAUAUAGAUCUCUUAUUUAUAAAUAUUCUUUUACAACGAAAAUUCAAGACUGGCGUUUUUCUUAAUAUGACUUCUUCCUUGAAACAACUUCAGUUUCAUACCAUUUUUUCAUAUUGAUAUGGAAGUUUAGAAGAACUGAGUCUGAUCUAGUAUUUUUUUUAUGUGUAUAAAAUGCUACGUUGAGUAUAUAUUUUCUUAUUUUGAUAUCAUUUAAUUAAUGGAGUAUGUCAGGUUUAUUAACCCAAUAAUUUUUGUUAGAAGCCUUGUGUGUGUGAAAGGGUUGGUGUAGCUGCAUAUGAUAUUAUUUUGACUCAUAUUAACAAAUCAAUCACAUGUUUUUCUCAAAAGAUUUUUUUUUUGAAUGAAGUCAUUUGUUACCUUUCUGCUUUUUAAGCUGUACUUAAUUAAGCUCUUUGGUUUACAUUUAAGUUAUGCUUGAUUUUGUAGAUCAUCUUAUUUGUGUUGAGGGCUUCCAUUGCCAUUGUUAAUUGUUUCUGUUGUUUCAAGUUUUAUUUUGAUAUGAAUUGGGAAAAUGAGUUUUUGUUUACUACUAAUGAACUAUGUAAUGUUUGUUGUGUACAUGUGUAUGUGAUGCUAAUUACAAUAACCAGUGGCACAUAUUUAUUGAAUGUCAAUAUUGUAGAGUUUUGUGCCUUUGCAAUGUUUAUUGUAAAUGGCAUUCUUGAAGACGAUGUAUGAAAUUAAAGUGUUGUAAUGUGAAGUCA